AUGUCUUACCAACCUCAGCAGGCUUACCUCCCCCAGCAGCAACAGCAACAGCAACAGCAACAGCAAUAUCAACAGCAACAGCAGCCGCACAGUACUGACAGCGGUUCUUUCCAUGGCGGCACUUACAGCAUCAACCACCGCGACACAAAUGCCAUCCUCAACCUCAACCUCCAGCAGGGUGCCGUGGUCAACUCCAAGUCCGGCGCCAUGAUCCACAUGGCGGGCACCAUCCAGCUCACCGGCAACGUCAAGUUCUCCAUGAAGAAGCUCUUCACGGGCGGGAAGAUGUCCGAGUCAACAUACACGGGGCCAGGAACCAUCGCUCUCGGCCCCACGCUCAUGGGCGACAUUAUUACCGUGCACGUCGACGGCCGCACACAGUGGACGGUGGGCAAGAAUGCUUACCUUGCGCGCACGCCCGAGGUGCUUAUGGACACCAAGGCGCAGGGCAUCAGCAAAUCGCUAUUCUCGGGCGAGGAUGUUUUCGUGUACCGUCUGGCCGGGCAGGGCUUGCUCUGGCUGACGAGCUUCGGAGCGGUGGAUCGUCUAGAGCUUCAAGCGGGCCAGCAGCACAUUGUCGAUAAUGGCCAUCUUGUCGCCUGGAGCUGCGAUUAUAAGAUGGAAAAGGCUGGAGGCGGAGCCAUGAGCAGUCUCAAGACAGGAGAGGGCCUAGUGUGCCGUUUCACUGGGCCGGGCGCUGUUUAUGUGCAAACAAGAAAUAUGGAUGAGUUUGAUUCGUAUAUUCGCUCACAUAGCGCCGCUUGA